AGAAUGUUUGUUAGUGGCAGAAGAGUGAAAAAAUGGCAGUUUGUCCAGUUAUUUGCCACUUGUUUCAUACUGAGCCUUAUGUUCUUUUGGGAACCAUUUGAUAACCACAUUGUGAGCCAUAUGAAAUCCUACUCUUACAGAUACCUCAUAAACAGCUACGACUUUGUGAAUGAGAGCCUGUCUCUGAAGCGCAGCGAGGAUGGGGCUCCUCGCUACCAGUACCUGAUUAAUCACAAGGAGAAGUGUCAAGCACAGGAUGUCCUCCUUUUACUGUUUGUCAAGACGGCUCCUGAAAACUACGGUCGACGUUCUACCAUCAGGAAAACGUGGGGCAAUGAGAAGUAUGUUCGGUCUCAACUCAAUGCCAACAUCAAAACUCUGUUUGCCUUAGGAACACCUUCUAACCCACUGACGAGAGAAAAACUGCAAAGGAAAUUGGUUUGGGAAGACCAGAUGCACAAUGAUAUAAUUCAGCAAGACUUUGCCGAUUCUUUCUACAAUCUUACUCUUAAAUUACUUAUGCAGUUCAGUUGGGCCAAUACCUUUUGUCCACAUGCUAAAUUCCUUAUGACUGCUGAUGAUGACAUAUUUAUUCACAUGCCAAACCUUAUUGAAUACCUCCAAAGUUUAGAACAGAUGGGUGUUCAAGACUUUUGGAUUGGUCGAGUUCAUCGUGGUGCCCCUCCCGUGAGAAACAAACACAGCAAAUACUACGUCUCCUAUGAAAUGUACCAGUGGCCAGCCUACCCUGACUACACUGCUGGGGCUGCCUACGUGAUCUCGAGUGAUGUAGCUGCCAAAGUCUAUGAGGCCUCACAGACACUCAACUCUAGUCUUUACAUCGAUGAUGUGUUCAUGGGCCUCUGUGCCAAUAAGGUGGGGAUAGUACCACAAGACCAUGUGUUUUUCUCUGGGGAAGGGAAAACGCCUUAUCAUCCCUGCAUCUACGAUAAAAUGAUGACAUCCCAUGGACAUGUUCAAGAUCUCCAGGACCUUUGGGAGGAUGCCACAGGCCCUAAAGUGAAAACAGUUGCAAAGGGUUUUUUUGGCCAGGUAUACUGCAGGAUAAUGAAAAUAGUUCUCCUUUGCAAAUUGACCUAUGUGGACACAUAUCCCUGUAGGGCUGCCUUUGUCUAAUAGUACUUGAAUGUUGUAUGG